AGCUUGCUGCCCGCCUUCGCCAUGUCCGCGCCGCUCGCCGCUCUGCUCGCGCUUGCAGCGUGCAGCGCUCACGCAGACGCUUUCAGGGAGGACGACGACGUGGCCCUGAAAGUAUACCUUCAAAACGGGCGCUCCAUCAAAGCGUUGGGUUCUCCAGAUUUACCGCCGCCGGGCUGUCUGUAUGAAGGCCGUUGGUACGUGGAGGGGGCGACGGUGCGUGCGCGGGAGCCGUGCCUGCGCUGCGUAUGCGGCGGGGGGGCGCUGACCUGUGCGCGCCGAGCUUGUGCGUUGCUGCCCGAUCCUCCGCCCGCGCGCUGCCACGUGCUGCACCGCCGCGGCUCGUGCUGCCCCGAGCUCCACUGCCCCGAUGGAGUCCGAGCGAUGGAGUACGGCGCGUCAGCGAGGCUAGAGCACAACGACUUCUCCGACGGCGACGCCUCGCCGUCAUACGGCCAUGGUUUUCCAGCGUGCGUGGAAGGCGGCGUGGUGUUCGCGGCGGGCUCGGCGCUGGCGUCGCGCGUGGCGUGCGAGACCUGCUUCUGCCUGGGUGGCUCGCGGCGCUGCGUGCGCCCGCGCUGCAUGCCCGCGCCGCAUGGAUGCCGCGCGCGCCCCGCGCCCGGUGCCUGUUGCCCUCAGCGAUACUAUUGCGACGAACCCUCUCCUCCCCUCCCGUCUCACAACCACCACCGCCACGAUUGUGAAGUGGAGGGUACAAGGAUAGCAGAGGGCGAGCGAGUGCUGUCGGCGGAGGCCAACUGCACGCAAUGCUUCUGCCUGCGUGGCAGCGUGCGUUGCCAGCGGCUCGCGUGUGGGCCGCCGCUACUCGGUUGUACGCCGCUGCUACGCAAUGGCGAAUGCUGCCCGCAUCAGUAUCAUUGCGCUCAAGAUUCGCUGUCGGCACAUUUACCUAUAGUGUCAGAAAAUUCCCUGACUUUGACGAUAAUGACUACUAAAUUGGAAGAAUCUGGUACAGAAGCAAAACUAGAAAUUGAUAAAACUACGACCGUGCAGCCGGAGGGCUCCGUGAGGGUUAUUGUUAAUGGAACCGUAAACUGUACUGCAGAGUUGACAUCUUCGCCCACAAACAGAACUGCAAUGAAUUAUACGGAAAAAAAUCAACUAGAAGCGCAGCCUCGGGUGCCAUUUUUGAGCGGCAUCAUGAGUGCUGUCACUUCUGAUCCAAACGAUAUCAUCACAGACCGAAAUGUCCACGGCGGUUUCGACGAGAACGAUACGUUUACGAUCAACGUGACGAGCCUGCUCAGCCACACCGCAUCACCCGCAUCACCCGCAUCACCCGCCACACAGAGCACAGUUGGCAAAGUACUACCGCCGGUAUUAGACGACGGUGUCAACAUUUCUGCAAAGACGAAAGAUGACUACGAUUACGACUACAAUGUACCAACUUUACCGCCAUCACUACCAAAUCUCAAAAUCAUCCCCUUCGUCGCUGCUGACGCAGUCGCAGUAGUAGACGAUGACACAUCUAAGGAUACGUAUCCAAGUGUGGAGAGAGAAGACAAAUUCCCUAUAUAUUACCCCACAGUCGAAUCGAAGGUUACUCCGAUUGCGACUAGACGAGAGGACGCGUAUUUACCAACACAAUACCCAGUGUACGUGGAUAAAGACGACAGCGGAAAGUAUUCGAGUUUAGCUGACGAAAUAAACCUCACCAAAGUUGGGCACCCUGGGUUCAAUAACUUGGCGUCAAUUCUGCACGAGUACACCGUGUCAACUUCUCUGGGAACUCAUGGUCCAGAGAGAAGUAAAGUGACUAAAUCUCCAGUCAAGACCACUUCAUUCAAACUGCCUGCCAUCAACUUAUUUUCACCACCGGCUGAAACAGAAGGCGGUUUUAUCCCGAAAGGCCCUGGCAUAAUUGACGAGUACUACGCCGUGUAUCCCAGCACACCGCCGGGUCCUUCCGUGGCUCAUCUGACCACUUCCAUGCAGAUCGAUGUCGCCAAAGCUGGAGAAUGUGUGUCGAGUGAUGGCCGGCACGUGCCCGAGGGCGACUCCAUCUCCGUGGCGUGCUCCGUGUGCACGUGCCGUUGGAGUGAGCUGCAUUGCGUCCCUCGUCCCUGCCUUAUCCCGCCCGGCUGCCACCGCCGUCCCACCACAAGCAGCGCAGGCGACUUGUGUUGUGGAGAACUGGUCUGCGAAAAAGAUCACAAGCCGACAGUUGCUCCUAUGCCAACGCGCGACAAUGAGGUCACUUUCAAUAGCAGUAAAAUGCCUUUUGAGAUUAAAUCUGAAAUAGUGUUAUUUGAUCCGCCGCCCGACCGCAGCGUGCCUGAAAAAAGCAGCACCGAACCGACUGCGGUCACCGAGACUCUACCCGAUGAGUACAGUGUAGCAAAAGAAGUCGGUACAACCACUGAAGUCACUAUAAAAACGACCACUGAUGUUACAAAUAUCCCUAAUAAAAUCAAUAAUGUUACGAAAAAAAUUCAAGAUGCCACUACCAUAAAUGCUAAACCAGCACCUGAAAAAGUAUCAUCUACGCGACAAACUACGACGACUGUAGAUUCUACGAUCAUAACUCCGCUUCACAAGGAACUUAACGAAACUAACAGCCAGUCGGAGGAGUACGAAGACGACGAAGAGGACGACAGUUUCUCGUUUGGCAGUGUUUUGAAACUAUUGCUGAGUGAUAGUUACGAUGCAACUACAGCAACGCCCAAGCGGAAGCUAACAUCGCCAGCGGCAAAGAGCACCGCCACAACGAUCACUACUACGGUCACGCCAACGCCACCUAUGAGAAAACAGCCGUCGAAGCCCACGGUGGCAUCAUUCAUUCCCAUGUCUCAUCACCCGUAUAUACCGCCCAAAAAAGUAUUGCCACAGAAUACAGUGAAUAGGAUAGACCACCUCGUCCUUGGCGAAGCGACAGCUAUUAAGAAGUCAACGCCUCGCCCUGUCACGACCUCGUUUAGGCCAAUGACUACGCAUUUUACAAGAACGACCACCCGGAGGCUUGCCACGACAAUGCGAACGGAAGUUACCAAAAAAGACGAAAUGUCUGUACAAUACACUUCAGUGGCUCACGAGGGGUCGCGGCCACAGGUGCCAAGCGGCGGGGCCUUGCCGGGGGGAAGCCUGUUAAAGUUGGCUGGAUGCAAUAUCUACGGUCGGAUGUACCGUGUGGGGCGCAUCAUCGCCGAGCUGUCCACGCCCUGUCAGGAGUGCCGCUGCACCGAGCUCGGCGUGCAAUGCCGCGCUCUCAGCUGCUGAGGCCAAGAAACUACUAUUCGCCACUCCUCGAGGUGGUAACGGUUUAAGAGUGAAUAUUUAAUGUCUGUCUUUCCAACAACCACUAAUAGAUUUUUAAACUUGUAGUACUACAGUAUGUGUGAUUUCAGGGCAGUGAUUGGUAAAGAGUUUGUGAGAUUGUGGACUGAUAAUUGUAGAAAAUGUGUACUUACCUAAUUUAUUUAGCAAAUAAAUAAUACAAUAGCCGCCGGCGAUGAUCUCAUAAUGUAAUAGAUUCAUACCAUAGGUACGAGUACUCGGGACACUAUGCAAACUUUACUGUAGCCAACACUGAAAACUUGUGAACAUUUCUUCCGUCCCGUGCUCCGCUGCUCAGCCCCGCUCAAUGCGACAUUGCAUUUACUAUUGUUUAAGUACGUACCACACUUUUGGAAUCCUAAGGAAUUCCAAGAGUACCCUUUUAUAUUAUAAGAAAUAUAAAUUAUUAAAACUUAGCCCAACGAAUUUUUGAUU